CGAUCUUUCACCUGUUUCAGUCUUGUGUUUUUCCGGACCCCUAGACGGCCCACACCAUAACCACCAAGCGUCGAACUAUAUUGAUCUCGGUGUUAAUCUUGAUGGUGACGCAAGCACUUAUGCUCAGUUGCCUAAUCAUCAACUACCAGUGGGGGGCUUGGCGUACCACCUGAACGCGUGUCAAAGUUGACAUUUGGCAGUCAAUAGUGGUGAAUGUCCUUAUAAGCCGUCCAGAAAACAGUAUUCUCAAGUUCUCAAGAGUUUUUACCUCAACCAGAAAUACGAUGAAGCUCACGCAUCUAUGCCUACUUGGCCAAUUGUUCGCGUCGACGAACGCUAUCAACGAUGAGAGAUUGUCCGCCCAGCGUGCCGGAGCAAACUGUGCGCAGGCUUGUACUACUUUAGCGUCCGAGUUCCCGGGCCGCCUUCAUUACAAGGACGAUGACUCCGGCUUCACCAUCUGGGACCAGAAGCAAUUGGAAACCAUCUAUCUUUGUCGUGUUCAACCUGAGUCUGCCACUGAGGUCUCCAGAGUCUUGCGGGUUCUUGUGGAGAAUUGGUGCCGAUUUGCUGUCAAAUGUGGAGGCCAUUCACGAUUCCCAGACGAUUCGGUCUCUGUUGGCGGAGUCACGAUCGAUCUUGGCUUGAUCAAUGAUACCGUUGUCUCCAAUGACCGAACAACCGCUCGAGUCGGCGGCGGAUCACUCAGUCGUCAGGUCUUUGCUGCUCUCGAUCCUUAUGGUUUGGCAUAUGUUGGCGGAAGAGUUGGACAAGUUGGCAUUGGGGGUUUUACUCUCGGUGGUGGCAGCUCUGUGCUCGCUUCUCAACACGGAUGGGCGCUUGAUAAUGUUUUGGAGUAUGAGGUUGUCUUGCCGAAUGCUACAAUUGUGACAGCAUCUGAGAAUACGCACGCAGAUCUGUACUAUGCCCUUCGAGGAGGUGGUAACAACUUCGGCAUCGUGACCUCGUUCAAUGUCAGCGUGUUUCCUCAAGGUUCUGUAUACACCGGCUCACGUACCUUUGGCCACAACCAGACAGGUCUGGUGCUUGAAGAAGCCGAGAAGAUCUUUGCGAUCCAGGACUACGAUGACACUGCUAUUGGACUAGAGUAUCGAUACGCCUAUACUCAGCAAAAUGGUUGGAGUAUCUCAACUACCCAACGCUACGCAGAGCCUGUCCUUUCCCCACCUGUAUUUGACACUUUGAACAGCAUCCCUGCAUUAGGAAAUCUCACUGGAGGCAUCAAUAGUCUAGCUAAUAGCACAAGUUUCGAGGGACCGCUGGGAGUAACAAGGAAUGUAUUUGCUACUUUGACGCAUUAUCCAUCUACAGAGCUUGGAAAGAAGGGCCUUGAUAUUCUCAAAAAGCUUGUUGAAGCAAGAAACUUGACCGGGCUGAACCCGCAGCUGAUCACUUAUUCUAUUCCUGCUGCGGUAAUAGAACUAUCCAAGAGAAGGGGUGGCAACGCUCUUGGCCUUGACGCUGAAGGUCAUCUUGUUAUCAACCUCUUCUCUCUAAGCUGGAACGAUAGCUCGAUGGACGAUACCGCUUACAGCCUGGCAGAAGACUUCAUCGCAGAUUUCCAGAAAGCUGCUAAAAGUCUCGAUGCGUUCCAUCCAUUUGUAUACAUAAACUAUGCGAAUAAGGGGCAGGAUGUCUUCGCUAGUUAUGGAAAGGACAACCAGAAAAGAUUGGCUGAGGUGCAGAAGGCAAUAGAUCCCCAGGGCGUGUUCGUAUCCUCCGGUCUCUGGACUGGCUUUUUCAAGGUACGAUGAUCUGUUCCAUCGGAUAGCAAUCUCCAUGCAACCUUUAGGACGGGAUCGUAGGAUCGCCUAAUGAUAGCCUGGUAGAACAUGCGCAAAAUCUUGAAAG